AUGGAAGAAACAAGGGGGAAAUCAGAAAACAUUUAAUAGGAAUAAAUGAGGUAUUUUUCAGAGAUUGCAUUCAUAUUUCUAGAGAAUUCCAAGACAUAAAUAAAUGUUUUGGAUAGAAAAAAUUCCAUAAAUAUUUAAAAAAAAAAAAAAAAAAAAAAAAAUUUUUUACAUAAUGUACAUAAUUUUAAAAAAUUAUUUUAAAGAGACUGCAUUCACAAUUUCUAGUCAAUUAAAUAUUUUAGAGCUGAAUAUAACAAUUUCCCUAAAUAUUUUACAAUUUUAUUAAUCCCCAUGAUUUUUCCAGCCCUUGAAAUCUUCAUUUUAAAAUUCCCAGACCGUGUAUUCAUGUUUUCCUGGAAACGUUUGUUGAUGCUCUAUAUCACACGAUUAAUCCUCAUAUGGGCAACAUCAUAAGCAACAGGAAAGAGUCAUGAAAAAAAAAGACCAGAAGAGGCCAUUUCUAAGCUGUAUCAGCUGAUGUUUUUUUCUCUUCUGCCCCCUCCUCAGUCCAUCUAUCUCUCUCUCUCUCUCUCUCUCUCAGGCACAGACUGUUCUAAUGUUAGUCCUACUUACUGAUGUGACCCAGGCUCAUACACAUACUGGACUUUGUAGCUGUGAGGAACAACUGCACGUUCCUCUUGUUUCUUUCAUUUUUUGUUGAUUCGCUUACUCUGUCUUUAUAGGAGCAAUUAUGAGGACCCACAGAUGAGGACUACAGGAAGCAAUUCCAGGUGAUUUCCAGGUGGAUUCAUCAUGAUGGAGAAGGACGGAUUCUUUUGGCGUAGACUAGUGGAUGCUCCUGUUUGCUAAGGAACUGUAUAACAGCAUUUGGUGAACAAUGCAGACCAGGAUGAACAUUAUAAUUUCCUCAAGUUUGAUGACCCUUUUGAGCCUGUGUGGAACAUCAGCAAGUUGUCCAUCAGUCUGUUCCUGCAAUGUGAACCAAACAGACUGCAGUGACCUUAACCAACUGGCUUCCUUGGACUCCAUCCUGGACCAGCUUCCCUUCAACACAAGCUACCUCAACCUCUCAAAAAACAACUUCACCAUUGUGGAACCUGGGAGCUUUUCCAAUCUCAGUGGCCUGCUAUACCUAAACCUCUCCAGAAACCUUCUUUCCACCAUCAACCCUGGGUGUUUUUCCAAUUUCAGUGGCUUGCUACAUCUAGACCUCUCCAAAAACCUUCUCUCUACAGUUUUUCCUUCUAGCUUCUCCCAGCUGAAUAACCUGGAGUUCCUGGAUCUCUCUGAAAACCUCCUUGUGAGGCUCCCCGUCAACCUGUUCUCUGAUCUCGGCAGCCUAACAGAGCUGGUUCUAAGAGGCAACAGGCUUAAGGAACUGAACCCAGACCAGUUCAAAGGCCUGACUGAGCUUAGGCGUCUGGAUCUUUCCUUAAACAGUCUCAUCUCCAUGCCCACACAUCUACUGGAUGGGCUCCAGAACCUAGUGUGGCUCUCGCUUGUGGGCAACAAGCUGAGAACCCUUCAGCGGACUUCACUUGAGCCAGCGACUGCUCUACAGCACCUUCUGCUCGACGGAAACCCCUGGAAUUGCAACUGCAACUUAAUCCCACUCAAGCACUGGCUGGAAUGGAUCAUAUAUACAGGUGGCGAUAUAGAUUCCGCCAACUGCUCCUUUCCUUCUAAUUUGCAUGGUAAGGAUCUUCGCAGUAUCCCUAUGGACAUGUUCAGACACUGUUACCCUCUCUAUCUCGAGACCAGGAACCCAUCUGCUGCCGAGGGCCACCAGGUACCAGCCGGAUCAGCAGGAGACUGUAUGCGCCAGCGCUACCGCCCCGUGAGUGUGCGUCGAGCGACCGUCACAGUGGUGAUAGCUGGGGUGGUGUGCGGCGUGGUGUGCGUGCUGAUGGUGGUAACGGCCACCUACGGCUGCAUCUAUGCAAUGCUGGUCGCUAAUGAACAGCAGCAAAUGAUGCUUGGGAACAGCCAGCAGCAACAGCCGCUGAUGGUGGCAAAAGAACCAGAGCAGGAUGAAAAAGAAGAUCUGAUGCCAACUAUCGGAAAGGGAGCAGAAGCCACUGAGUGUGUAGGGUGGAUGGCAUUUCCUCCAGAAGUGUGUGUUUAAAGCAACUAAGGACCUCUGGAGGUUUUUUGGAGCUUUUUUAUUAUUAUUGAUGUACAAAGAUUUAUAGAUGUUUAGUUUGGGAGGGAGAGUUGGAGGGCAAAUGGCCCAAAGAAGAUCAAGAGCAAAUGAAGGAAAAUUUCGAAGCAAUGUUGAAUAUGAUUUCAUGUAAUCUUUUAUAUUUUCCUAUGAAUUCUCCUAACAAACCAACUCUGCGUUUGAUUUCUUAUGGUUGCUGUCAAUCAUAAUGUUAAUUAGCAUAUUAAAUAGUAUAUUUUUCUAAAAUUUAGAAACAAACUAUAUUUUAAAUGUGUUUGUCUAUGUUAAAUAUGCAAAUACAGUAUACAUAUAUAUUAAAAUACAGUAUAUAUUAAAAUUCCGGUUGAUAAUUAUAGUUAUGAUGAAUAAGCUGGUCUUAUUAAAAUUAUAUACUAUUUAAUCAAAAUAAAUGGAAAAUUAUACACUAAAGACUGAAAUCAAUCAUUUUAAAUGCUUUAAAGUGAUUACAUUCACAAAUGACAUCACUACAUUAUAAUGUACAAUAUGAAAAUGGAUAUUUAUUUUGAAAUUUGUGUUUUUAAAGAUUACUUUAGUGAGCAUUAGAUGAUGACAAAGGUAAUCUAAAUGUAAUAAUAGGUGAAAUGAGCAUGAACAAUUAAAUAUUUAAUAUCGGCCAAACAGAAUUCAAUUGGACACUCAAAAAUGAUGCUAAAUGAUCACAAAAUUAUAUGAUGAAUGUAAAAUCAGAUUUCAGAAUUCAAACAAUGGUGGAAAGAUA